AAACACUGUAGCAAGAGUGACAACGACUCAUGUGCGAGAGAGAGAAGAUAAGGCAGUACAGUAAAAGGAGAAGAAAAAAUAAGAUGAAAAUAUAGGAACUUUUUUUUACAUGUCCCCUUCUUCAUCAAUCAAAAGGCCCCAUUUCUCGCCUCUUGUCAUGGAACACAAACCCUCAAACCCAAAUCCCCAACCAAACAUGGCGCUAGCCAUCAUCGACGACGACGCCAAGAAGAAGCAGCUUGCUCCCAAGCGUACCUCCAACAAGGACCGCCACAAGAAGGUUGAGGGCCGUGGCCGCCGCAUCAGGAUUCCUGCCCUCUGCGCUGCUAGAAUCUUCCAGCUCACUCGGGAGCUCGGGCACAAGACGGACGGAGAGACGAUCCAGUGGCUGCUGCAGCAGGCCGAGCCUUCGAUCGUGGCUGCCACAGGCACCGGAACGAUUCCGGCGUCUGCCUUGGCGGGUGCAGGGUCCUCUGUUUCGGAACAGGGGAGCUCUGUGUAUUCGCGGCUGGUGGAGAGUGGGAUGGGGAUUAGGGCGAGCUCAAUUUCGAUGAUGAAUGAAGGGAUUUGGCCUUCCUUCAAUGGAUUUGGAUCAGCAAUAUUCCAGAAUGCAAAUAUUCAAAGCGCCAAUCGUGGUGUGAAGCUAGGGUUUGAGUUCCCCGUGCCCGGGCUGGAGCUGGGGCUCUCACAAGAGGGGCAGAUGGGGCUUAAUCUGCAAGCUUUUAGCCAUUUUUAUCAGCAUAUUGGGGAUUGCAGCGGCGGAGAUCAGAAUCAAGGGAAGGAGAAUUCGCAGGGAUGAGGCCACUAGUUUGAUUUAGAUUGAUUCAGGACGAUGAUUGACUGUCGAUUGCUUAAGAUGAAGCAAGCUGCGAUCAUCCAUGGUCUUGCUACUUGUGUUUUCUGCUCAGCUCAAUUCAGUGCCCACGCAAACAGUGUGGAGUAGAGUAUGUGUGGAAUGAAGAUUGGUUGUGAUUUUAGUUUGUGGUAUCCAAUUUUGAGGUGUGUUGUCACAUAAUUAAUGUUGGUUUGUAUUAAUUAGUAGUACAAUGAUGAUGAGUUGUCGUUGGCUUGCUUGUUUGUUACAAGUUGGGAAAGUUUCUUGAAAUACAAGAUAUGAGUAACACAUAUAUGUAUGCCCUAGUGUUUGGGAAUUGGGAUUGCACUUUUACUUUUCUUAUAAGUAAUUACUCCAAA